AUGGCGUCGGUUUUACGCUCGGAUCGUAUCGGUGUGAUGCUGCUGUUGAUGGACGCCUGUCUUCUCAGCGGAGUGGUAUCCUUGAAUGUGACUGGGAAACCGGCCACUCAGAGCUCAACUGCUCCAGAUAACGAUGACGUAACUUACGUGGCAGGGAAAGCUGUGGAUGGAGAUCUCAGCACAUUCACGCAUACGGGUUAUAAUCCACCGGAACUAAAGACAGAUCCGUGGUGGAGAUUGGACUUGGAAGCUAUCUACUGCUUGAGAACUAUCACCAUAUAUAACAGACAAAAUUAUGAUUGCGGAAAGAGACCGCCAAAUAACGAUUGUGCUCGCCGUAUAAUAGGUGCUGUAAUACGAGCAGGGUUGAAUCAAGAUCACCUAACAAACAGAGAGAUUGGAACAGUCACUGAAGCGCAAGCCAUAGAUAGAACGCGACCGAUUGAGAUAAUAGCAAACCCGAUGGUCACCGCCCAUUUCGUCAGCGUGGAUAUCCCGGGUACAAAUAAUAUCCUUCACAUGCGUGAGGUCGAGGUUGGAGAAUACUUGGAUGAAGGAGGGGAUGGGGAGGUGGAUUUUACUCUUGUCGCCAAUCCUGCUCUACUGGGUCAAACUGGAGACGACGAUGCCAUUAUUGCAGCUUACAAAGGUCCCAACGAUAUCUCCGCUGAUGUCUCAUUCGGUCGACAAGUGAUAACAGGAGGGAGUAAUGACCUUCCGUCAGGGUCCAAUCAGCUACAAGAUCCUCUACUGGGAUGUCAGGUCAGACAGCUCAACCUACCCGAGCAGGGUGGGAUCGACAGAACGGGCGUCUUCUACUGUGAGGCGACUAGAGCUGGCAGGACAAACACGAAGAUACUGACCGUAAUCUUGCCUAAAGAUGAAACCACCGUCCAUAUCCGUCCAGCACAGCGAACGCAGGUAGCUAGUGUAGGGGACUCGGUUCGACUUGAGAUGCGAAAUGUACAUGCACCAAACACCAACUACAGAUGGCGGCAUAAUGGUGGUGACGUCAUGACAUCUUGGGAUGACCAGCUCAGCGUGUCUAUUGAUGACGUUGCUGUGAGUGAUGGAGGGGUCUACAGCUGCUUCGCAUCGGGCCAGGAGGAUCAACAACUGCAUGGAAUCAUGACACUUAUUGUGCAAGGUUGUUCUUCGGGAAAGUGGGGGUCAGCAUCAUCUCCCUGUCUCAAUGUCUGUCGUCGAUGCUACAACGGAGGCGUUUGUGAUGCCAAGAUUGGAUCCUGUACAUGUGCUCCGGGCUUCAGUGGAGAACAAUGUGAACAAGUACGCGGCCGCAAUGUCUUCGGUAAAAAUGGUGUUCAUAACUGUUCUGCUGGCGGUGAUCACGAUUAUGCUUGCCGGGGUCGUUUGUUUUGUCUUCCUGAUCCUUACGGAUGCUCAUGUGCUGCAGGAUUCACUGGACUAGACUGCAUGCAAGAAUGUGCCGAGGGGAAGUAUGGAGCUGACUGUACGCAAACAUGUCACUGUGCAGGAAUCUGCAGUAAGGAUACAGGAGAAUGCACCAAUGGCGCUAAUUGUGACUCGUCAUACUUCGGAAACAAUUGUCAAUGCUCAAAUACGGAACCUUUCACAGGAGAAGUGAAAUCAACAUCCAUCAUGCAACGCAGCCUUGGUUUCUCCUGGAGUGAGCCAAAAUGCGGAGGUCAGCCAGAUCCACCCGUCACCGGAUACCGAUACAAACUGAGUGGUAGGGUUUCCGGACAGCAACCACCGUUUGAAUUCGACACUCCUGACACAUCAGUUUCAUUAGAUGAGCUGAUACCGUAUGUUGAAUACAGUUUCAAAGUUGCAGCUAUCACCAGUGAAGGGACGGGGACGUACAGUAACAGUGUGGUUGUCAGGACAGCAGAAGCAGAACCUACAGUCCCUUUGAAUGUCAACAUCCAGAAUGUCAGCGAAGAUUCCAUCACGGUUGGCUGGAUGAAACCUGAUCCUCCACAAGGCAAUAUAACAGCUUACGAGGCUACUUGGACAUUGGGAGAUGGUACACCAGCGAUGCAAGAUAUCGGCAUUAUUGUGGCAUACAGGAUCAAAGGUCUUCUACUGAAUUCUACUUACGAUGUUCAGGUGAGAGCGAAGACGGUAAUCGGGCCGGGUCCUUGGAGCGAAGCCAUACGUGUGACAGUUGUGGGAGUACCGGGACCAUUACAGAACCUUCGCUGGACAAAUCGAACUGAAGAGGCGGUUACAUUGGAUUGGGAUCUCCCACUAAAACCUAAGGGACCAAUAAGUGGCUAUGUUGUACAACACAGGGCAAUAGAAAAACCUUAUCAACCAGAUUUUACUCCAACGGACACUUUCAUCGAAAAUGAGACGGCCAGCGCUCCAUUUGUACAGGACAAUCUCGAACCAAGUACGAUAUAUGAAUUCAUCGUUUCAGCUAAAAACCAGUGGCAUAUGGGAGUGCCACAACUCUUGCAAGUUUACACUAAACAAAACAAACGUACAACCAAUGCACAGAACAAUGGACCGAACGUAGCAGCUAUCGUUCUCGGGGUCCUGUUGACUAUUUCCGGUAUUGUCAACAUAAUCAGUUGCGUGGUGUGGAGGAAACGAGACCAAGACAGUGCUCCAACUAAAUUGCUUGACGAUCAAGAAAUUGAACUGUCUCUUGUCCGAGAUCCGAACAUGCACGCCAUUAAUAGGUCGCCGAUCGCAGAGAACGACAUUGAAAAGGACAUUUACGAAAACGUUGGCUUACCAGUCUGGGCUAAGGGACUGGAAAUCCAAUGGAGGAAUCUCACGAUUGAGGAUAAGGUACUCGGCAAGGGAAACUUUGGAGAAGUGAGAGCAGGUAGCCUCAAAAUCAGAGGAGGACUGGCUAGAGUAGCCAUCAAAACUCUCAAAGGAGCGACAACGACUGCUUCCGAGGACUUUCUGGUCGAGUUCAAGACAAUGGCUCAGAUCAAGCCACACCCGAACGUAGUUGGUCUAAUGGGCGCGUGUAUGCACGAAGCAUUUUUGUACGUCGCUCUUGAAUAUCUCCCCAACGGCAACCUGCGUGACUACCUGAGGAGUACUCGCCCCAAGCAGCAGGUGGCAGGGAAGUCAGAUGAUGGUGUAUCACCGCUGACUUCCUCCAACUUACUGACAUUCGGCAUAGAUAUAGCCAGAGGAAUGGAUCACCUCUCUGACACUGGGAUAAUUCACCGAGACUUGGCUGCGAGAAACAUACUUCUUGGAGAUGACUUGACUGCAAAGAUUUCUGAUUUCGGACUCUCUCGGGGAGAAGACGUCUACGUUCAGAAGUCGCAGACCCGUGUUCCUUUCCGCUGGUUGGCCAUCGAGUCUUUGACCCGUCGGGUGUACAAAUCUAAGAGUGAUGUGUGGUCUUUUGGGGUCGUGCUGUGGGAGAUAGCCACAUUUGGUGCGACGCCCUAUCCGGGAAUUCAGAGCAAGUUGUUGGCCGAACGAUUGCAGGAAGGUUACCGACUUCCCAAGCCAGAAAACUGCGCCGAUGAAAUCUACGAUCUGAUGAUGAGGUGUUGGCAGCCACAGCCAAGCCAACGCCCAAGCUUCAAAGAACUUAUGGUGACGCUCAAGAAAAUGAACGAUCCUUCAGAUGAGAACAUUUACAUGACACGUCAUAUCUACGAGAAUCACGUGAUUAAGCCCGAGUUCGACGAUAACUAGAAAGGCAGCUCAAGACUG